CGGCCGGUGAAGGCGAUCUUCCAAACGGGCGACACACCGACGAUCGCGCAGGGAUGGUAUGAUACCAGUGACGUCGGUGGUCCGUAUUUGGCCGCUGGAUCGUCGCCGACGCGCCAUUGGCGGCCCGUCGCGGCCGACGCGCCGGCGCGCGCGCCGGAGCCGAGCUGCUGGAGCGGCGCGCGACGACCGCCAGUGGGCCUGGCAGUGUCCGCCGAUCCAGACCUUGCUGCCCGGCGCGCUCAUUGCUGAACACCAUGGCUGACGAGAAGGAGAAGAAGAAGAAGAAGAAGAAGAAGGAGACUGAGGAGGCUCCGGCCCCGGAGCCCGCUCCCGCACCGGCCCCCGAGCCGGCCAAGCCCGCCGCCAAGCCCGCUUCCAGCAAACGCAGCAGCUCGAAGCGGUCAAGCAAGAAGAAGGGCAGCAGCGUCUUCUCCUGCUUCUCCCAGCAGCAGGUCAAUGAGUUCAAGGAGGGCUUCCAGCUGAUGGACGCCGACAAGGACGGCAUCCUCAGCCACUCGGACAUCCGCAGCGCCUUCGACAUCAUCGGCCGCAUCGCCUCCGAGAAGGAGAUCGAGGAGAUGCUGGCCGACGCGCCGGGCCCCAUCAACUUCACCAUGCUGCUCUCCAUGUUCGCCAGCCGCCAGUCGGGAGAGGCCGACGACGACGACGUCAUCGUCAAGGCCUUCCAGGCGUUCGACGAGGGCGACGGCACCAUCAACAGCGACACGUUCCGCCACUCGCUGAUGACCUGGGGCGAGAAGUUCACCGCCAAGGAGGUGGACGAGGCGUUCGAGCAGUUCGACAUCGACGACGACGGCAAGAUCGACCUGGCCGGCGCGCUGGAGCUGCUCGUCGGCGGCAAGAAGGAGGAGGAGGGCGAGGCGGCGGCCUAAGCACGACCUGGGCGAGCUACAUUUUUAUUCGCCCGGUCGCCACCUGGGCCUCCUCAUGCCUCACUCAUCACAAAACCUGAACAUCUUCACCCUCGGAACCACCGGUCGCCCGAGCCAAUCAGCGACCAGUCUCUGCCGCGGGAGCCAAUCAGCGGCGAGCAGCCCUUGCACGGCAGCUACAUCGGAAUGCUAGUGAACACCGCCUGUCUGGAACGUCGAUUCACAGUGUAUCUAAAGCUGUCCUACCGGAUCGACAGGAAUGGGCCCGGUUACACUCUCGGCGGGAACCUGUCUCGAUGUUGAUGAUUGUCUGUAUGAAAUGUUGAUGCCUUUGUUAAUUUUUUGGACAUUAUGCUGUGGAUCGGGCACAGAGCCUUGAAUCGGUGCUCAAGACUCCGUGUCUUAUUGAAUGUGUAAUACGGGCCUAUUGUAUAAAUUCGAAAAUACC